UUUCAGCCGAAGUAAAUCAUGAAAAAAGGUUGAUGACGUCACGAUCACAUGACAGAUUCAUGUCUAAGCGCUAAAUUACAAAACACUGGGAAAUGUAGAGAACAUAACUCAGUCUUAGCGUUGAUUCAGUCUCAGGACGUCAGUGAUUGGAUAGACAAUAAACUAAAAGGACAUGAUGUCAUAUAUUACGUCGGGGCUUCAGAUGAGUUUGUAGAGGGAACAUGGGAGUGGGCUUUUAGCGGGGAACCAGUCACAAUUUCUAAUUGGGCACCAGGACAUGAAACUGAUAAGGAUGAUGAUUGUCUGGCAAUUUAUAACAAGGAUCCAAACGUGAACGGCACGUGGUAUGACGUUAAAUGUACCUUGCAAUAUAACUUCAUUUGUCAACAAAGUGCUUCUGUGCCAGUUGUUGGAUAA